AUGAAUAACUCUUCUUGUCCAGACAUCAGCUUUAACUUUACAGGCAGAUUCCUGCCUCCCGUUUACAUCUUAGUCUUCAUCGUUGGUCUGCUGGCUAAUGGAUGGGGACUGAAGUCUUUGCUGCACAACUGGAAGAAACUGGGUAACGUCAACGUGUUUGUUCUCAACCUUGGACUUGCAGAUAUUUUGUACCUGCUCACACUCCCCUUUUUGGUGGUGUACUACUUAAUGGAGAAUAAGUGGAUCUUUGGAGAGGCAUUCUGCAAGAUAACAAGAUUCUGCUUCAACCUGAAUUUAUAUGGCAGCAUCGGGUUCCUUACUUGUAUAAGUGUGUACAGGUACCUGGCCAUUGUCCAUCCAAUGAGAGUGAAGGGAAGGAUAACUCUGACUCACUCUGUGGGGAUCUCAGUCAUGGUUUGGCUGUUGGUGAGUGUUCAAAGUCUCCCGGACAUGUUCUUCACUAAAACAUCGGUAAACAGCACUGAGAAAUGUUAUGAUACCACCAACAAGAUCUAUGUUGAGGAUUAUCUGAAAUACAGCCUAGGAUGGACACUCACUGGGUUUUUUAUCCCAUUGCUCAUCAUACUGGGCUGCUAUGGACAUGUGAUUGUUGUUCUCUGUCGUAGUAAUACCACCGACAAGUUACUGAAACAGAGAUGCUUGAAGUUGUUGUGCAUCUUGAUUCUUCUCUUCUCUGUCUGUUACAUCCCCUAUCAUGUAUUGAAGAACCUCAACCUUUGGUCAAGAGUUCUGCUUAAACAGAGGAUCUGUCGUAAAUGGUCUAAUGGAGUCUACAUUGCUCGUCAGAUAAGUCGUGGUCUUGUGUGUCUGAACAGUGCUCUCAACCCUCUGGUUUACCUCCAUGGAAGUGAAGGGAUUCUUUUUCAGCUCAGGCAGCUGCUCCAGCGAGCUCGUCAAGCUGUCACAAGGUUUUCCGUCAGCCUAACUCAAGUUACCCUGACGUCUCAUAUGUGACUGAAAUGGAACAAUUGUAUUGCAUCAUCUGCCAUUAUUGUUGUAUUUUAUAAAUCUGUGUGUCCUAUGCAAGUCCCGAUAACCGUUCAUCUGAUCUACUUCAAACUAGGCAGAAGUAAUGCUGGUGAUCCAGUGUUGGAUUUGCUGCAAUUUUCCCAGAAGGUGGCGCUAUAACAAUAAACUUUACAUUUUGGUCUUUAACUUUUGAACCUUCAGUCAUAAAAACUAUUUUUUGUUGUUAUUACUGGUUUCUUUGUAUUCAGAUGAAUCCAUCCAUAUAAGCCACACCCAUUUGCGUCCAUAUACAUUUCUAGCCAUUUUGAAUAGUCUCUAAAUUAUAAAUCUAAAUUAAAUCUAAAGUUUCUUUGCUAAUUCUGCUACAAAUUUGGAGCUAUCACCACUAAAUUUGGUCAAGAACAUCCAUGGACCAAGCUGGAAAAUGUCACUUCUCCAGCUUUUUGAUGUGCUCUACAGUUUUGCUCAUGUUAGCCCUUAAAAAUUUGCUUAAAGGCUGUGGGCAUGGUUGUUUAAAAAAAUGCCAUAUGUUGUGAACUAUUUAUGAUAUUGCAACCACAUAGAUAUCAUGUCUGAGUGGCCGUGACAGAUUUGGUGCCAGUUGGCCCAUAUGUGGCACUAAAUCAUCAUGUUACUAAAUCUAUGUUAGUUUGUGUUUGUAUGAUUGUCCUUGGCAUAACUCAAUUCAAACUGUUCAUCCAAUUGACUUCUCACUUGGUGGGUGUAUUGCUGAGGCCCCAGACGAGUGCAGCAUCAAGUCUGAAUGUGAUUGGAUGAUUUGCAUUCUGUUUUUUUCAC